UCCAUAAAGAAAAAAAUCUGAGAUUUUGUUAAACAUAAUAAUCAUCAUAAAGGUGUAAAAGAAACUGAAUGUAAAGUUACCUUUGUUGUAACUAGCUUUAAGGAUAUACGUUUUUAUUUUGGUAUGUCAUAUGUUAUUGUAGCUAUGGUAACGGAACGGAGUUCCAACUGAAUAGUUAAAAGUUAGCAAAACAAAAAGAAAAGCUAAAAAGCGACCCAGUUUUAGCUUCAGUCGGUAAGGGAACAAUAUAUUCCAGACAUCACAAGAGUGAGGAUUUGUGCAGAUUUCAAGUUUGACCCUUGAAGUUUUCAGGAAAUAGCAGCAAGACGCCCAAGCUAACAGAAUAAUAAUAAUUCUUAUUAUAUUAUUCUUGUUUAUAAAGCAUUUUUUAACCAACUGGUGAGAGAUUGCCAAAGUAUUUUCAGAAGCUCCUGUUUUUUUCUUCCAACAGAAUGGGGCAAGUACUUGGCAUGAACAAGUACAAGAGGGUAAAGAAGGUGAAGAAAGUGGACUUUAUGGAGGAGUAUGUUAGGCAGCAGUUUCGUGGACAUGACCCCCCUGAAAAUAAUUACGGCACACUAGUAGAACUUAACAUGCGAUCGAUUCGACAGAAAGGUGAGGUUGAUGAUAAGCUUUUAGGUAAAGAAUCUCGGAGUUCCAGUGCGGUGUACUUUUUAAAGGACUUCCUUAUCAAACAUGAUCUGGACUUUCAUGUGGAGCCGAUUGUUGGUCCAUGCACUGAAAGAGAGAUCGAAAGAAUAAAAGCCCGCAAGGUUAAACUGGAAAUGGGGGAAAGAAAGGAACAAAUACGAGAAAAGCCGGUCAACCCGAAAGCUUUGGAAAAACCACCAUCUGCUAAAAGUGAAACUUGUACUCUCCAAAAGCUCCUGACAGAUGUGAAAGCAUCACUUGACGCAGAUGAGAAAGACUGGACGGAUUUUGAGCAGCAAAUGUUCAAAACAAUGGAAGAAAUGAACAAGGACCUAAAAAAGAAUUUUGAUAUGUUGACAAUGAUUAAUCAGGCCUUUGAAUCCACAGACGACAUCAAAAAAGAAGUUUCUGGCAUGAAAACACCUCAGGACACUAAACAACCAGAACCCUCUCCCCGAAAAAUCCCUGUGACACCUCCGAGGGUAAAAAUGUACUGCCUGUCACCCUCUGUAUUGCAACUUACUCGAGAAAUGGAUGAAGUGGACUGGGUGCGAAAAGAGGCUGCUGUGAGGUUUAGAAAGCGGAAUGAGUUUAUUGAUUCAACAGAUGAAUUUCUGGGAAUAGAAGAAAAAUGUUUCUAUUCCAGGGAACAUGAGGAACGUAAAGCUCUUCAAGAAAGGCUUAAGUUGGAAAGAGAGGCAGUAGAACGAGCAAAGAUACAGAAAUUAGCUCACAGACAAUCAACUCCAGACAUUAUGGUACCAGAAGGGUUGAGAAAAUCACUGUCUUUCGAGAACGUUGCAUUAAAAGUUGGAGGGGACCUGGCGAUAGAUGAUUAAUGAUUCAAAAAAAGGCUUGACAGAACUAGAGACACAUGCAAGGACAAAAGUGUCUAAUAGGGAGCCUUAAAAGAGCUGUAGUGUUGGAGGAGCUUGGAGACCACAGGGCUGCAGGAGUGAAGGAGCUAGGAGUCCACGGGGUUGUGGUGCAGACUCCUAGAGCCACAACCCCACUGCUAGGAGCCUGGGGGCCUGUGGGCACUGAAGUGAUUGGAGCCUGGGGGGGCUGUGGGCACCGAGGGGCUUAGAGCCGUGGAGGCUGUGGGCUCUGAGGUGCUUGGAGCCUGGGGGCGCUGUGGGCACCGAGGGGCUUAGAGCCGUGGAGGCUGUGGGCUCUGAGGUGCUUGGAGCCUGGGGGGCUGCGGGCACCAAGGAGCUCGGAGCCUGGGGGGCUUUGGUCACCGAGGUGCUCGGAACCUGGGGGCUGAUGCAACUGAGAAACUAGGAGCCAGCAGGGCCAUGGCAACCAAGAAGCUAGGAGCCUGUGGGUCCUUGGAAACCAGAAGCCGGGAGCCCUCGGGGACGAUUCAACCAGACACCAGGAGCCCACGGGGACUAUUCAACCAGACACCAGGAGCCCACGGGGACUAUUCGACCAGACAACAGGAGCCCAGGGGGACAAUUCGACCAGACAACAGGAGCCCACGGGGACGAUUCGACCAGACACCAGGAGCCCACGGGGACUAUUCAACCAGACACCAGGAGCCCACGGGGACGAUUCGACCAGACACCAGGAGCCCACGGGGACGAUUCGACCAGACACCAGGAGCCCACGGGGACAAUUCGACCAGACACCAGGAGCCCACGGGGACUAUUCAACCAGACACCAGGAGCCCACGGGGACAAUUCGACCAGACACCAGGAGCCCACGGGGACAAUUCGACCAGACAACAGGAGCCCACGGGGACUAUUCAACCAGACACCAGGAGCCCACGGGGACAAUUCGACCAGACAACAGGAGCCCAGGGGGACAAUUCGACCAGACAACAGGAGCCCACAAGGACGAUUCGACCAGACACCAUGUGCCCCCGGGGCCGUGGCAACCAGAAGCUAGGAGCCCGCGGGGCCGUGGCAACCAGAAGCUAGGAGCCCGCGGGGCCGUGGCAACCAGAAGCUAGGAGCCCGCGGGGCCGUGGCAACCAGAAGCUAGGAGCCCGCGAGGCCGUGGCAACCAGAAGCUAGGAGCCCGCGGGGCUGUGGCAACCAGAAGCUAGGAGCCCGCGGGGCCGUGGCAACCAGAAGCUAGGAGCCCGCGGGGCCGUGGCAACCAGAAGCUAGGAGCCCGCGGGGCCGUGGCAACCAGAAGCUAGGAGCCCGCUGGGCCGUGGCAACCAGAAGCUAGGAGCCCGCGACGCCGUGGCAACCAGAAGCUAGGAGCCCGCGGGGCCGUGGCAACCAGAAGCUAGGAGCCCGCGGGGCCGUGGCAACCAGAAGCUAGGAGCCCGCGGGGCCGUGGCAACCAGAAGCUAGGAGCCUGCGGGGCCGUGGCAACCAGAAGCUAGGACCCGGUAGGGCCGUGGCAAACAGAAGCUAGGACCCCGCAGGGCCGUGGCAACCAGAAGCUAGGAGCCCGCGGGGCCGUGGCAACCAGAAGCUAGGAGCCCGCGGGGCCGUGGCAACCAGAAGCUAGGAGCCCGCGGGGCCGUGGCAAACAGAAGCUAGGAGCCCGCGAGGCCGUGGCAACCAGAAGCUAGGAGCCCGCGGGGCCGUGGCAACCAGAAGCUAGGAGCCCGCGGGGCCGUGGCAACCAGAAGCUAGGAGCCCGCAGGGCCGUGGCAACCAGAAGCUAGGAGCCCGCGGGGCCGUGGCAAACAGAAGCUAGGACCCCGCAGGGCCGUGGCAACCAGAAGCUAGGACCCGGUAGGGCCGUGGCAAACAGAAGCUAGGACCCCGCAGGGCUGUGGCAACCAGAAGCUUGGACACUGCAGGGCCGUGG